GUAACAGAACGUUGCUUCUGAGCUCCCGUGCAUUUUGGACACGCACCGACUCGGUUUGGGAGGCAGGGAGUGACAAACAUAUUUCUCUGAAAGGGAUUUUGCUGUACUCCCAUGUCUAUUUUAAAAACCUAAUAGACGUUUUAAGUUUCACGUUAUCGUGUGUCUGCUGCACUGAUGUGACGUUUGGCGUUUCACAAGCGGAUAAAACGCUCAGGUGUUUGUUUUUCAUAGGUGGAUUUCCUGCCUUUUUUAAAAAACAAUUCCUAAGUAGAGGAGCGACAGGAGGCUUUCACCUGCGUUAUAUUUCUUUAUUGCAAAACUCUUGUUAAACCACGUCAGUGUUUUUCUUGCUUUCGUUUUUAAAUAUUUAAUUUCUAACCACCGACAACGCCGAGUGGCCACGUUGGAACAAACAGAUUGAAGAUGGACGAGGCAGAGAAGUACCAACAGAGACUGCAGGCGAUCACUGAGAAGCGUCGUCUGCAGGAGGAACAGGAGAGGGCCAAGAGGGAGAUGGAGGAGGAGCGGCUGAGGCUACAGCAGCUCAAGAGGAAGUCUCUUAGAGACCAGUGGCUGAUGGACGGCCCCUCUUCCCCCACAUCCUCAGAGCCUCGUUCCCCGCUGUGGGGCUCCCAGGCCCAGGAGAUGGAGCAACACAUAGACAAGUUGCAGACAGAGAGUCAACGGUUAGCGGAGGAGGAGGAGAAACUGGAGCAGCAGAUGGAAGAUGGCCGAGCUAAUGCAGCGGUGGUGGUGGAGGCUACAGCAGAAGCAGACCAAGCAGUUAUCUUGGAGAAUGGACAGGAAGAAGUAGAGGCUGAAUCCGUUUUAGGAACAGUUGAGGCAGCACUAUUGGAACGAGCUGAGAUCCUCACCAAUGGGAGAGGAGAGGGGGAGGGGCAAGCUGCUACCCACAAUGCAUCAGAGGAAGGCGGACUGCACAACAGCACCAACGGUCCAGUGACAGUCGUCCCUGAAGAUGGUGCCAUUACCAUGACGUUCCUGGGGCUCACGGAGGUGGAGCCAGGCGAGGCUCCGGUAAUCGAGGAAGGAGGACUGAUCAUGAUGCGAGCGGAGCGAGUGAUUAUCAAUGACGAGGGAGACGAGCUGGCAAAUGAUCUUUCCUCUACGGGUCAGGAACAGGAAGUAGACUCAGCCGUGUCCAAUCAGAGGUCAGAAUCUCCUGAGGAAGGAGGAAUUGAGGAGACGAAACCAGAGACAACUCCUGAAGAGUCCUCAGAAGUAGCAAAAGAGACUGAGACAGAUGCAGACACAGUAACCAGAGGUUUAGGAGAAGGACAGAUGGACACCGUAACUAGAGAUUUAGGAGAAGGACAGAUGGACACAGUAAUAGGAGACUUAGGAGAAAGACAGAUGGAGGGUGUGGGAAACAGUGGUGGAGAGGAAGAGGCGCAGCCAGUAGAGGAAGCUCCUGUGUCUGACUUGCAGGCCCCAGAUGAUGGCGUUGUGGCUGCCGUUCCCGUCUACUCUGAGACCUUACUCACCCCCAGGCCCGACGCAGAGGGAGAGGCUGCAGGCGAGCCGGCAGAGGGCGAUGUGGAAGUGAAGACUGAAGUGGAAGUCAAGGGGGAAGAGGAGGCCUCGCUGGCCCCAGAAUCAGCCAUCCUCCCUGGGGGCCAGUUCCUGGAGGUGUCCCUAGUGGAGCCCCGGACUGAGCCAGAGCAGGAGCCCCUGCUGUUCCCAUCCAAGGCCCAGACCCUGGCCUUGGGGGAGCAGGCUCCAGCCACCCCAGAGACACUGACCGCUACCAGGGGAGAGGCGGAGGGAGGGGUCGAUAUGGCUCCCAAACGCAAGACCUGCCAGUGCUGCUCUGUCAUGUGAUCAAUCAUUUCGUUCGCUCUCUAUCUCUCUACCAAAUUCUCCAAUGCUUUCUCUGUGUAAUACUACAAGAGGGACUUGAGUCUGCCUCUAACACUGUGAAUGAUGGUGUUAUUACUGAAGUGCCUUGUGGAUCUCCUUCCCUAAGGGUAUAGCUCAGUUACCCAUCCAGAGGAACCUGGGUUUUGUUCAGUAGGGCGAAGUGCUUUGAAAUGAAAAUUCAAAACCAGUGUUUUUCUUAUUGGACCAGGUCCAGGUAGGCCCUCCCUGUUCGAGUCAGUUUUUUUUAUUUUGAUGAACACAACCCUGAUGAACACAACCCUGAUGAACACAACCCUGAUGAACACAACCCUGAUGAACACAACCCUGAUGAACUCAAGUUAUUUUCCUAAUGAACACAACCCUGUCAGCCUUGCCUGUGUUACUGUUGGCUGGUACUGAGAAUGAAAGACCAGUCUUGAUCCAUUAUGCUGUAUCUGUGUAUCCACCCUACUAUUCACACAGAACCUGCUUUAAACUGAACUGAACCAUUAUCAACUGUUAAAGGGAAAGUAUGUUUUUAUAUCUAAAUUCUAUGCAUUUUAUUUUCUCAGUGUAUUUUCCAUAGAAUACAAACAGUGCUCUGACAUGUAUACAGCCACCAUGAAAUCAAGUGGGAGUGGGGGUUUAUGUAUAUCUUUCUUUCAACAGGAUACUUUUGAACUAAUCAAUAAUGGUUUAGUGAUUAAACUGACACUUGUGAAAUAUUA